CCACGCAACUCGCGACCGACGGCAGGGAACCUCUCCGCAUGCCCGAAGCCUGCUGGCCCGGCUUCACUGCAUCUCUUCGUAGCUUUCUCUCCCUCGACAACGUUUGACGCCGGGAGCGAGCGCUGCAGUGCAGUGCGUUUGCGAAAGAGCGAACUCCCUUUAUUUUUUGUACGUGUGAGCGUGCGUGUGCCGAUUCGUUCGUUAAGUCGUCUGUGCGAUGAUUGGUGUGUGGACGUGAGCCCUUGAGGCCCUAUACGGCCCAGCGCGCCACGCUUUUCUCGUGUGACUCGAAGUGAUUGUUUCCACCGGUUGUUUGCGUCCCCUCAGAGUGGUCGCAGUGGAAAAUUCGAAGACCGCCCGGAACGCCGGCAAGGCCGCUUAGCUCGAUGACGUCGUCCUGAAGACCCCGACAAGACCAGCGUUCACCGCACGAAGCCAACAACCAUGGGUUCCGGCGACAUACAGUGUCCGUUGGACGUAAGUGACGUCCCGCGCAAGUACGCUCACAUCUUCCGCAAGAAGAAGACAUGGGAGCUUGUGAUGCUCAGCGGAGCCGUGUGCGGCAUAGAGUUGUGCUACGCCGCGGAGACGGCCUUCAUCGGCCCCAUUCUGUUGGGCCUUGGCAUACCCAUCUCGUUCGUGGCGCUCGCCAUGUGCCUGAGUCCUGCUCUGGGCUUCUUCGUCACGCCAGUGCUGGGAUCCAUGAGCGACACCUGCACGUCUCGCAUGGGCCGCCGGCGGCCUUUCAUCGUCAUCUUCGCGUUGGGCAUGCUGCUGGGCCUGAUCCUGCUGCCCAAUGGCCAGGACUUGGGCAUAGCGCUCGGCGACAGCGCCGUGAACAUGCCUGACGAUGUGAUUCCAGAGGGCGGCUCAACAAACGCUCUCAACUCCACUGCCGAAAAUCUGGCAUACCACAGCUGGUCGAACCAUCGCUGGGGCAUCAUGUUCACAAUCGUGGGCUUCGUGUUCCUGGACAUGUGCUGCGAUGGCUGCCAGUCGCCGGCCAGGAGCUACGUCCUCGACGUCACGAUCGUGUCUGACCACGCACGCGCGCUCUCGAUGUUCACCGUUCUCUCGGGCCUGUCUGGCGCCAUCGGCUACGUCAUGGGCGGCAUCGACUGGGAAAGCACGACGGUCGGAGCCAGUCUCGGCGGUCACGUCAAAACUGUUUUCGGCAUCGUCAGCGCAUUCUUCGUCGGCUGCAUCGUGUUGACUCUGUCGAGCUUCCGCGAGAUGCCCCUGCCCGUCGUCAGGGCGGCCACUGCCGCCGGCUACUUCGACCAAGGCGGGAGCCACGGCGAGUACGAGCGGUUCACCAACGACGACGUCAGCGGGUGCGAGGAGACUGAGAGUAUGGAGCUUGCCAGGCAAAAGUCGAGCAGUCCUUCCAAAUCCCGCGGCAAGGACAAGGAUGACGAAGCACCUCCAACGCUGAAGGAAUACCUCCUCUCCAUAAUCCACAUGCCUAGGACCAUGAUGGUUCUGUGCCUGACGAACCUUUUCUGUUGGAUGGCACUAGUCAGCUACUCGCUGUUCCUUACGGACUUUGUGGGCGCAGUGGUGUACGGGGGAGAUCCCGUAGCACCCAUGGGCACGGAAUCUUAUCGCAUCUACCAGAGCGGAGUGCGACUGGGCUGCUUCGGCCUGGCUAUUGACUCCGUCACAUGCGCACUCUACUCCUUGUUCAUCGAGAAGCUUGUGCACCGCUUCGGUGCCAGACCAAUAUACAUAAUGGGCCAGGCGGCCUACUCCGUGAGCGUGGCAUUGCUCGCCAUGUUUCGCACUAAGGCGGCCGUGCUGCUAGUGUCACCUGCGGCGGGCCUGUUGUACGCCACCCAGUUCACGAUGCCCUUCAUCUUGGUGGACCACUACCACAGCUCGAACAUGGUGGAGGCCGACGCCGACUGGUCCGAGCGUGGCCUGGGCACAGAUAUUGCGCUCGUGAGCAGCAUGAUGUUCCCGGCACAGUUGCUACUGUCUCUCUGCGCUGGGCCUAUGGUUCGUCUGUUCGGAGGUUCACCGACUGUCAUUAUGUAUGGCGCGUCACUAGUCAGCGCUUGCGGGGCGCUCUGCGCCAUGCGUGUCACUUAUCACAGGUUAUGAACUGGACACACACACACCAGGAAGGAGCGCAUUGCGUGGCGAUAUUGCCACGACAUACCAUCAAAGCUGCAACCUCAAAACGAUGCCUGAUAUGGAGUGACUGUUGAUACCGGUGGGAAAAGGCACACUUGCCUAAACCUCAACACACUGGAGUUCAGGGCUCUAACAGCUUGAAAAAACCGAGUUUUAACAUCAACAAGUUCACAACUGGUGGUGAGGUUACAGACGACCCUCUUGUUCUCCAGCGUACGCAAAGCUAUAUAAGUAGGCCUACUCAGAACCCACCGCGUUGAAACGGGACAGGCUGAUUGCCAGUUUCAUAGUUCAUCGUCUGGUCUCACCGCCAACAAAUGUCACGGUCCCUUCGAACAGUGCAGUAUAUAUAUGUUGUCAUUUUUUCAGGAGAAUAUGUAUAUGUGUAUGUUAUGUAUAUACGUGUAUGUUGUGGCCGGAUACAUCCACUUCUUUACGACGUCUUCACAAGGUUUGCACACCCAACAUAGCUAUGUGCAGUUCUUUGCGAGCGAUGUGAUUCACGGCGUACUUGUGCCAUGCGGCCAGAUUGCUAGUACCAUAUGAUAAACUAAAUGAAACAAACCUCUUCAUGAAGGCCAUGCUGACCCCACUCGAGCACUUCCAAACAAUGUAGAUCACUUCAUAGUGAUUACCCAGGCAUUUCACUUUUAUAUUCGAUUCAUCGUUUUAUUCUCACCAGUUCCAUGCGCCUAUACUACUACAAAAACUGCCUCAAGCAACUAUAAACAUCCACCACUUCAGGGAAUGGAGUUCGUUUACAGGUGUAAAUGUCAACGCAUACAAACCCUUAAGUAGAUAUUUGAAGCAGCUCUC